CAGUGUACAAGCAGAUAGAUUGAAACAACUCCUCUGCAGAAAUGGCCUUAUUUUCAUUUGCAGAAGCACCACCCUUGACAAUUGGAUUCUCAGUUUUAAUAGUGGCUUUCUUGUGGUGGGUAUUAAAGAGAAGAAACGUCGUAGAUGCAAAGGGAUUGUUAUUACCCCCUGGUCCAUCGCCAUGGCUUGUCAUAGGAAAUCUCCAUCAGCUCGGAGAUCUGCCUCACCGUUCUCUGGCAGAGCUCUCCAAGAAAUAUGGAGCCUUGAUGUUUAUGAGACUCGGCUCUAUUCCCGCCCUCGUUGUCUCCUCUUCCCAAAUGGCGAAGCAGAUCUUGACAACACACGACUUGGCAUUCGGAAAUAGGCCUGCAACGGCGUCUGCAAAAUACGUAGCGUACGGGGAGAUUGAUCCAGGCUUGGCUCCGUAUGGACCGUACUGGCGGCACAUGCGCAAAAUCAGCGUCAUGCAAUUGCUGAGCGCAAAGAGAGUCGACUCCUUCGCCUCCCUGCGAGAGGAAGAGGUUGCUACGGGCGUGCGUUCCAUUUGGGAGAAAAGUAGGCAUGGCAAACUCCCUGUCAACCUCACAGCCGCCAUUUCCUCCAUCAUCUCUGGUAUCAUGUGGGGUAUUCUGGCGGGCACCAACUCUGGCGGCUAUUCUGAUCUUGUUGGGAGUGGGGAUGAGCUUACGAUGAUGAUCAACGAGGUCACCAGUAUGGUUGGGGCUUUUAAUAUCGGCGACUUCAUUCCUUUCGGAGCUUGGAUUGACCAGCUGAGAGGUAUGAAGCAUCGAAUGAUAAGGGCCCACAACUUCUUUGAUCGAGUGGUGGGGAAGAUAAUAGACCAGCAUGUGGAGCGCAAUGCAAAAGUGGAUGGGGAAAAAGAGCACGUCAAGGACUUGGUUGAUGUACUCUUGGAUAUUGAGAAGGAAGAACCCGAUGGUGAGAAUGGCAUCAAGGUCGGCCGAGAGCACAUCAAGGCAACUAUUUUCGACAUGUUUCUGGGUGGAAUUGAGACAACCAUUAUCACGUUAGAAUGGACAAUGAGUGAGCUUUUAAGGAAUCCCCAGAUAGCCAAGAAGUUGCAACAAGAAAUUCAAUCUAAAGUAGGCAAACAUCGCAUGGUGAAGGAGAGUGAUUUGGCAAAUAUGGAGUAUUUGCAAUGUGUGGUGAAGGAGACGUACCGAUUAUAUCCUGCAGGACCCCUGAUGCUGCCCCAUGAAUCUAGAGAAGCUUGCACUGUUGGUGGCUACCAUAUACCUAACAAAACAAGGCUUGUGGUUAAUGUAUGGGCAAUAGGAAGAGAUCCUCUUGUGUGGGAAGAUCCUCUAACAUUCAAACCUGAAAGAUUUAUGGAAAGCGAUCUAAAUGGAAAGGGUAAAGACUUCACCAUGCUCCCAUUUGGUGCUGGAAGGAGAGGUUGUCCUGGGGCUUAUCUUGCCACUCAGAACAUUAACCUUGUUUUGGCUCAACUCCUGCAUUGCUUUGAUUGGAAACUUGAAGGCAAUGCAGAUCCAUCAUGCUUGGAUAUGACUGAAACAUUUAGAACUAGUAUCCCUCGAAAAGUGAGUCUUUUCGCAGUUCCAUCCUUGAAACUAGAUAUCGAGCUCUAAAAUGCAACAUCUACUCCAGUGUGUCCCACCUCCGACUGUUAUCUUCCAUUCCCGUAACUAGUUUGACUUGCAUUUUGAUUCAAUCUUCAAUUAGUUAUUUUGUUUAGAAUUUAUGGACGGACUUUCUACUAUAAUAUAGGCAAAAUAUGUGCUGGCUAGUAAUUUAAACUUGUAUAA